CCCGCGCAGGACAGCGAAGCCGCGCGGCGCGAGGAAAAUAGUGCGCAGCGGAGUGAUCCGAACGCCGGGGCGGAGCACCGGAGGCCAUAUAAGGAAAAAUGCAGAUCUUCGUCAAGACUCUGACGGGCAAGACCAUCACCCUUGAGGUCGAGCCCAGUGACACCAUUGAGAAUGUCAAAGCCAAGAUCCAGGACAAGGAAGGCAUCCCUCCUGACCAGCAGAGGUUGAUCUUUGCUGGCAAGCAGCUGGAAGAUGGCCGUACCCUCUCUGACUACAACAUCCAGAAAGAAUCCACUCUUCACCUGGUGCUGCGCCUCAGGGGUGGGAUGCAGAUCUUUGUGAAGACCCUGACAGGCAAGACCAUCACCCUUGAGGUCGAGCCCAGUGACACCAUUGAGAAUGUCAAGGCCAAAAUCCAAGACAAGGAAGGCAUCCCUCCUGACCAGCAGAGGUUGAUCUUUGCUGGCAAGCAGCUGGAAGAUGGCCGUACCCUCUCUGACUACAACAUCCAGAAAGAAUCUACCCUGCAUCUCGUGCUGCGCCUCAGGGGUGGGAUGCAGAUCUUUGUGAAGACCCUGACAGGCAAGACCAUCACCCUUGAGGUCGAGCCCAGUGACACCAUUGAGAAUGUCAAGGCCAAAAUCCAAGACAAGGAAGGCAUUCCCCCAGACCAGCAGAGGCUGAUCUUUGCUGGCAAGCAGCUGGAAGAUGGCCGUACCCUCUCUGACUACAACAUCCAGAAGGAGUCAACUCUGCACCUUGUCCUGCGCCUGCGGGGUGGUAACUGAGCCAGCAGGUUGUUGCUUCCAAAUAAAAGGUUCCCUGCACUUGUUCAUUCCAAUAAAGCUGUUGC